GGGACGUGAAGGACUAUGGGGAAGGAUUCGAAUCCCGGAGGAUUUAAAUCGCGGGAGGAGAAGUCACUGCGGCCCAAUAGGUUACAUAUGAGGAUAAUUUAUUAAGUAUCACGCUAUGCAGAAAAGUUCCAAGAGAAACAAUAAUUUGAGAGUUUCUGACAUAGAAUUGAAUUCUGUGGAUGCUGAGAAGGCAAAAAAUGAGAGUCAAAAUAACUUUGUUGAACUGCUGCCUCUAGAAGUCACUUUUAAAAUUUUUAGUCAGCUGGACAUUCGGAGUUUGUGCAGAGCUUCUGUGACAUGUAGGAGCUGGAAUUACACAAUAAGAAACAGUGACUCCUUAUGGAAACCUCACUGCUUGACUGUAAGAGCUGUGUGCCGAAGAGAAAUAGAUGACGACCUAGAAAGUGGUUAUUCCUGGAGGGUAAUACUACUGAGGAAUUACCAGAAGAGUAAAGUAAAACAUGAAUGGCUAAGUGGUAAAUACAGCAACAUAUGUUCUCCCAUUAGCCUCCCAGAAAAAAUCAUGUGCCCGAUGGAUGCAGACACGUGGGGAGAAAUUCUAGAAGCAGAACUGGAAAGAUAAGUGGAAAACUCACAGUCAGAUCUUGUAACUUUGAGAUUUCAGAAUGACUCCACUUGUAAAAGAUGUAUUUUUAUCUGUUCAUAUUUUUCUCUACCUUUUUAAUAUUUAACAUUAAAAAGUAGAAAAUAUUCUGAAAGCAAAGCUUUAUUUUUAUUUUGCACUUUAGUAAAGAAUAUUUUUUUAUUUUAUUGUAAUGUGGAAAAAUCAUGAACUGUUUUAUGUGAGACAUAACAUACUGAUAGAAUGAUUUCAAAAUGUAUUGUUUAAUGUAUUGGUGUUGGUAUUUAGUAGCACUUUAAAUGAUAGGGUUUGAUUAGUAUUUCCUGUUUAAUGAUAACUCAAAAAUUGAGGAAGCAACAAGAAGAAACUAACUUAAACAAUAGACUCCUACUAAAUUCGUGGGAGAACUGAGUGAAAAUAAUGGCAAUAUGUUUAAAUGAAUUAUAAACUCACUUUUCAAUAACUUUGAAUUUUCCAUUCCAGUGGAAUCAAAUCGAAUUGUGAAACUGUUUUAAAACGUGUUAAGCCUGUAGUUUAGUUUAAAAUCAUUCUGAUUUUAGGGCUAAAGCUCAUAGGAUUAAAAUUUCCAUUACUUUCCUACAUUCUGUGAUUAUUCUCAGGGGCUGGAAAAUAUGCAGAAAGUUUCUAGAGCACAACUACCAUCAAAACUGCCAUAUAAUAUAGUCUAUGAAAACUUUUGAUGGCCUUAUAGCACCAUCUAGUGUAUUAUUCAUAGAUACAAGGACAAAGAACUUUCAACUCCUUUUUGUUUUCUCCAUAUUUAAAAGAAAAUCAAAAUUAUCCUAGAGAAUCCUUGACACUUGACUUUGUUAAAGUUUAUAAUUUUCAAGGAACCUUUAUUUCAGCUUUCAUUUCUCUUUUUCACCAGAUCAGACAAUGCAGUAUUCUAUCAUAGUGUUCACUCUGAAUGGAAUCUGCACCAUGUUAAAAAGUAUUUACAAAACAUUUUAGUUGGUAUGGAAUUUUCUUCUUUAAAUGUUCUCUAUGGCACAAAAAUAAUCCGGAAAACCAGAAUUUAACUAGUACACAACUCUAAGAAGGAAGCCUCACUCUACACGAUUUCCCUUUGUUGGAUCAAGCAGAUAAUGAGUGAUAAUCUCCUACUAUCUUUUUAGAGUUGAAAAAGGCCUUGAAAAUCAAGCAGUUCAGUUUCCAGGGCUGUUCAGUAAUUUCCUCUUGCAAACCCUGACAGUCAGCAAACCCAAGCUCAAAUGUUUCUUAUAGGAUCUCCACUAAGUGAUAGAACAGCCCUACUGUAUGCUAGGAUUCCUCUGAUCAGUAGCAAUUUGUCCUCAUUGAACUGAAGACCACUUCUCUGUAACAUUUCCAUACUAGUUCUGGCGUUACCUUCUAAAACUAGACUGAUUCAAUCAUUCUUCUCUGAUUGCCACUCACAUAUUCAACACUGUUAACCUGUCUCUUCCUGUAUCUUCUCCUCAACUACUUCUGCUAUUCAUAGAGUAUAAUUUCUAGACCCAGCAGUGUUCUCUUUUACCCAUGCCCUCUUAACAAAAAUGUAUUUGGAAAGGAAGAUACCCUACUAAUUUUAUUUAAUAAGAGAAUAAGAAAGCACUGUGACAUUAUUGGAAAAAUUAAAGCUUUAAAGCAUUUUACUGAAUAGCAUAUGUGUACAACAGCAUAUGGACAAGUAUAGUAUCAUCUUUUGUAAUGGAUAUGAACUGUUUUCUUUGCCAAACCCUUUUAACUAUCUAUUGUCUUCCUCUGUUAAUAGAGAUCACCCUAAUUAGGGUGAAUUGCCCUUCUCACUUCUUCCCCAUGCUGUUAUUUACAGUGUCCUGUUUCCCCCAGCCUCUGUGUGAGUCUAGAAAUGGAAACAUAACCCCAACCACCCUCUUCCAAGAGUCAGGAGAAACUCCAUUUCCUCUUUCCUAUUGAAACUAUUCCCUUCCACACAGAAACAGAUCCUCAUAAGAGAAUAUGAAACCAAUAGGAGAAAGAAACAGCUAGGGGAGAGUCUGUUUGCAUUUGGGACCCUGGUUUUAGUCAUUCCGCAUCUGCUUGCCUAAACUAACACAAAUUGAGUUGCAGCCUUUGCACUAAAAGUCCUACCUGAUGUGAUUUCCUUCACCUUUUUUGUCCAGUAUGUGAUACUUGUGGUUUACAUUAGUAUCUUAUGAUUUUAAGUUAUCAAACCUUGAUUUGUCCUUAGUGCUUCUAAUUUUAUAUCCUGGAAACAGUUCCUUGCCUCUGACUUCCUCAUCAGUCAUUCAUUGCUCAAUCUUCUGUAAGCUGGCCUUCACUCGACAUGAAACUACCAUUAUCCAAGUUACAAGUGAUUUAAUUGAUGAAUCCAUUGGAUGCAUUUUGGUUGUUCAAAUAUUUAACACACACUCAGGUCUUGUAACUUCUAGGUUUGGGGUUAGAAUCUCUAGGAUUUUUCUUUGCCUAUUCUAACCAGUCUUUUCAGUUUCUUUCAAGGACUCACUUUCCUGGACUGGGACUGUAGCUCAGUGACAGAGCACUGGCCUAGCAUGGGUGAGGCUCCAGAAACACAUAUGCUUCUAUUGACUGGAGUGUUAGUCAAAUCACAGACACCUGGUUCAGAACUCAUUAUCUCACAAAAAUAAUUGUUUUUCUGCCCUGACCUCAGUGAAUGACCAGUGUUGCUCGGUAGUUACCUACCAUGUUUUACUAUUCUACAACAGUCUCCAUGAUCAGUUAGCUUAGUAAUAUUAUCAUUCCAAAUAUCUAGACAUUUCAGCCCUUCUCCAUCUUUAUCUCUGCUUCAUUACUUGAUUCUGAUCUUUAUCUGAAAUUGGAUUACUUUAAUAACCUCUUAACUGGUACACCGGCCUCUAGUUCCUUCCUCACCAGUAUAAUCUUUCUAAGUCCCCAAUUAUCAUAUGGCCCCUAACUUAAACACCUCACUGCAUUCAGGUAAAGGUCAAAAUUCCCUGAGAAGCUUGUACAGUUUCUAGUGAUGUGAUCUGGCCUACCUAUCUAUCAUCUUCUCUCACCACUAUCCCAUCCUAUAACUCUCAGUUCAGUCAUAUCAAGCUAUGUGCAGUUCUCUGAACACGUGAAUUCUAUUUUCUGCCUUUUGCACAGGCUCUUUGAUAUACCUAUAAUACUCUUCCUCUCAUCCUCCAUGAAUUCUUUACUUGGCAAAAUCUUUUGUACAACUCAUCACCUUAACCUGGAAACCAUCCUAACUACUACCAUUCCUGGAUUAAGUGACCCUUUUAAGGUUUCUGUACUACACUCUCUAAGCUGUCACACUGUAUUAAGCUUUCUAUUUUCUUUUUCUGUCUCUUUAGACUGUGAAUUUCUUAAUGGCAGGGACCAUUUUUAAUUUAUUUUUUUGUAUUCCCAAGACUUGGAACAUGGUAGUGCUUCAUAAAGAUUUGUUAAAUUAUUUCCAUAGUUAUUUAUUUUAAUUCUAUUCAGAAUGUAUAAUAAAAUAUACUUAUUGUAAGUAAUUUAAAAUCUACAUUGUUAUAGUAACAAUUUACUAUAUUGUUAAUGGAUAAGAUUUGUUGAAAUGCAAGUACAAUGCUUAAGAUAUAUGAGAUGCUUGGUAUUAAUGCUAAUACAUGAAUAAUUGUUCUAGUCUUCUGUAAAGAUAUAAGAGGAAAUUAGAAGUGUAUUGUUAUAUUUUUAAUAAACACUUGAAAAUAAACUUAACCUCAAAA